GCGGAAGGAGAGUCUCUCAAGGCUCGCGACAAAAUGGCUACGAUAAGAGCUCUGUCCCGUAUUCUGUCCGUCCUGUCAGCAAUAACAUUGUUAUGGACAGAAUUGGGCGAAUGCAAUAAUAACCGAAGGUCAGGAGAAGUGGUGGACACAGACUUCAGUGGAUUCUCAGUGCCAUUAGAGCACUCUUUUGAAAUGGAUGAUGUCCCCAGAUUUCGACUUCGUGGUGCCCUGCAGUUCAGGGGUGGGAGAGAGAACAAUGUGUAUCUCUCCCAAAAUCAGCUCUCAGAUAAAGAUAGGAAUACUCUGAAAGAUGUUGUAGCAGUUGAUGGUCUAUACAGAAUCCGGAUCCCAAGAGUCUCUCUUCAGGCAGAUUGGCAGACAGAGAGACGAUCUGAGGGAUACCUCACUGCAUUUGUUAGAGCUUGUUCAUUAGUGGAGUCCCACCUCAGUGAUGUCAUCACCCUUCACACUGAUGUCAGCGGAUAUGUUAUCGGCAUUUCCAUGGUGACAAUCCCUGGGUCAUGUCGUGGGAUAGAGGUGGAGGAUGAGGUUGAUCUUGAAGUGUUUAACACAACAGUAAGUGUUGUGGCACCAGUCACUGCACCUGCACCUGAAACAGCACCAUUCAUUGAGAGAAUGGAACAGGAAAUGGAAAAGAAAGGGAAAAAUCCACAAGAACAGAAAUCCUUCUUUGCCAAAUACUGGUAUUUGAUUCUGGGAGGUGCAGUGUUCCUCAUGGCCACCAGUUCAGCACAGACCCCACCAGGGGGCGCCAGAGAGCAGAGCUGAUUUCCAUUUCAAUGGAUGUAUAUUGUCCCGCUUGUUCUGUUCCUGAUGAUGUCUGGAGCUCAGGAUCAGUCGGGAAGAGGAGCCGGAGGAGGAGCAGCCAAUGGUGGAGGACGAUGAUUCCCAUGGCAACUAAAACUCCUGUGUUGUACAUAAUAAUUUAAAACAGUUUUUGAAUUCAUACACACAUAACAUAAACACAUUUACAGAAGAAGGAUUAUUCUAGAGAAAUACUGUUUGAAAAGCUUAACUUAUGACUGCAUUCUUGAAUUGCAUUUUUACUACUGAUUUAAUUAAUAAAACAUUGACCAUUAGAA